CCCAGCUUCUCCCCAUCGACCGGCUUAACUAAACUCACCGCUAUCCUUUUCAUCUUGUCUCCGCAUCCCCUCCCACUUUCCUGCACCUUUCACUUUCUCCGUCUGAUCAACUGUUCAUUCGUCCUUUUCUAAUAGCUUGCAUUCCCUUUCCCACCACCAUGGAUGAGAUUGCUCCCGAGUAUGAUGUUGUGGUGCUCGGCACUGGAUUGACCGAGUGUGUCCUGUCGGGUGUUUUGAGUGUCAAGGGCAACAAGGUGCUUCAUAUCGAUCGUAAUGAUCACUACGGAGGCGAAGCUGCGUCGGUGAACAUCGAGACUCUCUUCAAGAAAUACGGAAAUGUCGCCCCCGGCGAAGAACCCUGGAAGAAGUACGGCCGGGUCAACGACUGGAACAUCGAUCUGGUCCCCAAGUUGCUCAUGGCCAACGGCGAGUUGACGAAUAUCCUGGUUUCCACCGAUGUCACAAGGUACCUGGAGUUCAAGCAGAUCGGGGGCAGCUAUGUCCAGCAAGGGAAGGGCCCCAAGGCGACCGUGGCCAAGGUGCCUUCGGAUGCCAACGAGGCGCUGCGCUCUUCUCUCAUGGGUCUAUUUGAGAAGCGGAGGGCCAAGAAGUUCCUGGAGUGGGUGGGUGAAUUCAAGGAGGACGACCCCGCUACUCACAACGGCCUCGACAUUCACAACGUCAGCAUGAGGGAGGUCUACGACAAGUUUGGCCUGGAGCCCAAUACUCGUGACUUCGUUGGACAUUCGAUGGCCCUGUUCCAGUCGGACGACUAUAUCAACAACCCCGGGCAAGCUCCCGAGACCAUCAACCGUAUCCGCCUGUAUGUCAACUCCAUGGCUCGGUAUGGCAAGUCUCCCUACAUCUACCCUCUGUACGGCCUCGGUGAGCUGCCCCAGGGCUUCGCUCGUCUUUCCGCCAUCUACGGUGGUACUUACAUGCUCAACACCAACAUCGACGAGGUGCUCUAUGACGAGAGCGGCAAGGUUUCCGGAAUCAAGGCGACCAUGAAGGACCGUGAUGCCGACGAGGAUGCCAUGAAGUUCACGACCAAGACGAAGAAGAUUUUGGCCGAUCCCUCCUACUUCCCUAGCAAGGCUCGGGUGACUGGCUACUUGCUGAAGGCCAUUUGCAUUCUCAAGCACCCCAUCGACAAGACCGAUGGCAGCGACUCGCUGCAGCUGAUCCUGCCCCAAUCUCAGAUCGGCCGGAAGCACGAUAUCUACAUCGCCAUGGUUUCGUCGGCUCACAAUGUCUGCCCCAAGGGCUACUACAUUGCCAUUGUGUCGACGAUUGCCGAAUCCGACGCCAACCACCACCUGGAGUUGGAGCCGGGCUUCGAGCGCCUUGGGGAGAUUGAAGAGCGAUUCUUUGGCCCCCCGAUCCCGCUCUACGAGCCUCUCGAGAGUGGCGAGAAGGACAACAUCUUCAUCUCCAAGAGCUACGACCCCACCUCCCACUUUGAGACUACCACCGACGAUGUUCGUGACAUCUACCGCCGCGCCACGGGCGAGGAGCUGGUUGUUGAGGGUCUCCGGGAGGACCAGAAGCUUGCUGAAGACUAAAUAUGGUUGUUCGACGACAGCGAGGGGGAGACUCGCUUGGGCGCAUUGAGAUACUGAUAAUCUCUUUGAAGUAAACCACACCUGUUUUUCUGUUGGAACUAGCACACUCCCUUGCCUUUGGAUGAUGCAUCCGGCAUGCAGUAGACAGUAUAUGUACAUACGCCGCAACCUUUGCGUUGAUGCUAGGUUCCUGAAUGAGUAUUUAAUAGGGUUCGACUGCGCUUAGGAUAUUACUAUAGCAAUUUAC